ACCAACAGCUCCUAAAAUCGAUGAGCUUCCUCGUCUGCAGUACGCAUGCGCCGCCACCCCACACGCUUUUCAAAAGCUCCUUUUAGGAAUUCCACUCGUGUUCGACAACUACGCCGUUCGGGUUUUUCCAAAACCUCUCGAAUCGAAUCUGAUUUUAAUCUAAGUCAAACAACGCUGAGCACUCUUUGAUGUGAAAGAUUAAUCUUAUUUAAAACUUCAUAAAAGUCUGUUUGUUUUCAAGCUAUUUUGUUUACGUCUUCUUUCUUUCACCUUAACGCUAAAUAUAAAAUUUUCACAGCAAGAUCACUUUCAAAAUUUUCGGAAUUUUAAUUAUGAUUAGCAAGUGCCAAAUUCUUUCGGUGGACAGCAGAUGAUAUUUAACUUUUCGGGGAAUCACAUUUUCGUAGCACUUGAGGAAAACGCAAUGAUUUCCAAGAAAUCCAUGUUAAGCGCACUUAACGUGAACACUGUGUAAGAUGAGAAAAACGACGAUUAGUAAAUAAAUAUCCGACGUAGAGAGCUACUAAAUCCUCUUCUCGUCUGACGCGCGUACAUGCUCCAGAAACACGCCAAAUAAUUAUAUUAGCCCGAAUGUUUAUUUUCACAAGACAACAUGCUUCCCAUUCGCAUUACAUAAAUUAUCGCCAAGCAACGCUAACAAAACUCGCGAAUCUUGUUCGUUGAUAACUAAAGAGUGACGUCCUAAAUAAUAAAAAAAACAUCUCGUAUAACCAAGCGACACAUUUUCAUUGACCUAGGGACGCCGAAAAAAAAGUCCUCUGUGCAAGUGCCCGGACAUGACGCGACUAAUGAUGCCAUGGAUGCGCUUUUUUUGCAGACGCGCACGCCAAUGAUUUCAGAAUAAAUAAUUUAAGGCGUGGAUUAAAUCAGAUUUUCGGCCGAGGAGGUGGCCAGUACGUUUCGUUAGCUGCGUUAAACAGGAGGCGCGCACGACGGUUAACUCUGCAGUUAAAACCGCGAUAAAAAUAACUGAUUAUUUAUUUUAAUUAGAAUUUGCUGCUGCUGGUGCAACACACGACAGAAUGCAUAUUGAUCGUGUGAUUCUUCUGUUGGUGCUUGUUGCCGUUUUGUGCACCCCGUUGACGGCGGUGAACUCGAAGAGGAAAAAUCGCCGACCGCAUGCUAAGAGCCGUAAACAACAGUUUAACGCGAAUCGGAUUAUGGAGCAGAAUCGAACGAAAACUAGACUCAGCGUUCUGGGAGCCGAUAGUUUGGGUUUACCGAUGGUGAACCCGCGACCUUAUACAAUGGGAUACGAACAGAGUGUCCUGGAACGGGCCCCUCAGGUGAACAAUGUUCUGGUGAAGGAUCACAUUUUACCUUUGGGUGAUUUUCAAAACAACGACUUCGACAAAAAUCAAUGUCACGGGGCGAAUUACAAAAAAGAUGACAAUUUGAAGUUUGGCUGCGAACCGCGAGACACCAUCGUGCAUCUGGUCCACGAGGAAGGCCUAAUCCUAUCGCCAAAUGCGGUUGCGGUCAAACGAUGUGAUGGCGGAUGUACAGUGCACAGUAUGUGCAUACCCGUCCAGAUGACCAACCGAACCUUUUACAUCCGCCAAAUCCAGAACAAUCAGGUAACCUGCGGGUCAAUCCAGGUAGUUGAACACCAACGCUGCAAAUGCAGCUGUCCCGAACGAUCAUCGAACUGCACACCAAGUCAAAUCUAUGACCAGGAGGAGUGCAAAUGUAAAUGCCCUAGUAAUGUUAACCAAACGUGUGCAUCAGCCAAAAUGGAAUUCAGACCGCUGGAGUGCAAGUGCAUGUGCAAGUUGGUCAAGAAGUGCUCGACAGGCUCAUACUUUGAUCAUCAGAAAUGCAGGUGCAUAAAACCAAAAUCGACAAAACCUAAAAAACGCCUAGCAAAACCCUCCUCAUAGACGUAGAAUCUAACCUUGAAUAGAAACAUUAUUUAUUAUAAUUUAAGGCAUAUUUAUUGAAGAUACAUGCAGAUACUCGAUGAAAGUGAUGUAGAAUAAAUGUAUUAUAUUGUA